AUGAUUAAUUUUUUCAAAGUUAUUGGAUUCUUGUUUUUGAUUCAUGCAGGAUACUCAUUAAUGAAAUAUAGAAAGUAUUUAACUUUCAAUGAUAGAGCAGAUGAAUUUUCUAUACCUUUAGAUAUUUUAGCUGAAAUAGUAUUUGGAUUAGUCUUAAAUUUAUUCUUUGGAAUUCUUUUAGAUGGCAAAUUUUAGGAUAUUUACUAAUUUGAUUCUAAAACUGGAUAUGAUGCAAGCUUUUCUAGACCUACUUUUAAAUCAGUAAAGUCUACAAGAGGAGCUGUUUUUAAGUAGUUCUUACAAUAGAAGUUAGGAGAUUUUGAUUUAGGCAAAUGA